GGGGGGUAAGGAUUAUUAUGGGAUGUCUGCCCCCUGAUCUCUUUGUGUAUGUGAGGAUGUUAACCAGCUAGCUAGCUGGCUAGUGUCGAAAGAGAGGCAGCCACGGAGAGCGACCAUGUAACGUGUUUGCCUGAUCGACAUUUGAGUUCGCCUUUGUCUGCUUAACUGGAUAUUAGCUAAUUGAUUUUUAAACUACAUAUAUGAAUACCUGGCCAUCUAUAUCUGAGGAUAUCCAACAAGGAGGAACAAUCUCAACCCGGGACCCUAUUAUAACGUUACGUCCUCAUUACCAUAACAGGGUUCAUUCUGAACAGUGGGAUUAUCCGAGUUGUGAGUAGCUGCAUUUGCCUGAUAUUAAGACCCCCAAAUUAAAAAAAUUAGUGAGGGGAAAGUGUGUCAUGACAGGUAGCCAGCUAGUUUGCUAGCUAACCGUACAGUCGAUCAAUUCAUUGGAGUCAUAAAUUAACAUUAGCUAUACUCGUGGCUAGUUACUUGUACCGCGACAGAUUACUAAUCGCUACGCAGACGGUGUGUGAAAUACAUAGCUAUCUAUAGACUCUAGUUGUAUUGCUAGCAAAGAUACCUACAUUGCUAUAAGAAGAUGGUUAAAUAGCUAGCUAGCCAAAUAAAAAGCGAUCAUUUUAUUAGAUUAUUUAAAUUUUACUUUGAAAUGACAAAUGCACAAUUAGUGGAAUACACCGUUUUACUGUAUGAGAUAUAGGUAACUGGCUAACCAGCACUGUCCUGGGGAUAAAUUGAAGUUUUAAGAAAAAAAUAACAUUUCUUUCGCUGCAUUUUGUUGCUGGCCCCCAUCCUUUCUCUAUUUCUCAUUCCCCCCUCCCUCUCUGACAAGAACUGACCGAAUAGUGAGAGCUAACUUAGCUAGCAAGACAACUGGAUUAUCUGAAAGGGAGAUAUAGUCUAGCUACAUUAGGCAAGUAUUUAUAUUAAUUCACGUUGCUGCCGAGCGAGCUGGCUUGCUAAAUAAUAUCAGUAAUAAUAAUACAAACACAAUAUGUCCGGGAGCGAAGACGACAGAGACGAUUUCGGACCUUCAGAAGACCGGUCACUGAUACAAGACGAAGAGGAUCUGGAGGAAGAGAUUUCUGAGGGAGAUGCUCCAAAGGUGAAGAAGAAGAAGAAAGCCAAGAAAAGCCGUGACAGCAAGAGCAACAAGAGGCAGAGAAGCCGCAGAGAGGAUUUGGACGGGAGCUCUCCAGAGGAGCUUCACGCUGCAGAUGGGGGCGAGGGGUGUGAUGAGGAAGGGGGUGGGGGCAGGUCGGACAGCGAGGGGAGUGACUACACCCCCGGCAAGAAGAAGAAGAAGCGAGCGAGCACGACGAAGGAGAAGAAGAAAGGCGGGACAGGUGGAGAGAGGGAUAAGAGCGGAGUAGGGCCGUCCAGCGGGAAGAGUAAAAGGAAGGAGGUGGAGCCUGAGGAAGAGGAAGAUGAGGAUGACGACAGCCAGGAGCCGAAGACAUCUGCACAGCUGCUGGAUGAGUGGGGGAUGGAGGAUAUAGACCAUGCUUUCACCCACAAGGACUACAGUACCCUCACCAACUACAAGGCCUUCAGCCAGUUUGUCAGGCCCCUCAUCGCUGCAAAGAACCCAAAGAUCGCGGUGUCCAAGAUGAUGAUGGUGCUGGGGGCCAAGUGGCGCGAGUUCAGCACCAACAACCCGCUUCGGGGCUCGGCCACUGCCACCGCCGCCCUGGCGGCUGCCAACGUGGCCGCGGCCGUGGAGAGCAUGGUGACCAGCGGCGCGGAGGAAGGGCAGGGAGCCAGGCCUGCAGUUGCGGACGGCGCCUCCUCAGCCGCCCCUGCUCCAUCCGCUGCAGUUGAACCCCAGCCGCCCCCUGCACCCCCCUUGCGGAAGGCCAAGACGAAGGAGGGCAAAGGUCCGAACGCUCGUAGGAAGCCGAAGCCGCCGCCCAAGCCUCAGGAGAAGAAGGUGAAGACGAAGAAAGUGGCGCCGCUCAAGAUAAAGCUGGGCGGCUUCAACAGCAAGAGGAAACGCUCUUCUAGCGAGGAGGACGAGAUGGAUGUGGACAGUGACUUUGAUGAUGGCAGCCUCAACAGCUUCUCGGUCUCGGACGGCUCCAACAGCCGCAGCAGCCGCUCGAAGAAAAAGGCCAAGUCCUCCAAGAAAAAGAAGAAAGUGGACGAGGACGGCGACGGGUACGAGACGGACCACCAGGACUACUGCGAAGUGUGUCAGCAGGGGGGCGAGAUCAUCCUGUGCGACACCUGCCCCCGCGCGUACCACAUGGUCUGCCUGGACCCUGACAUGGAGAAGGCCCCCGAGGGCAAGUGGAGCUGCCCCCACUGUGAGAAGGAGGGCAUACAGUGGGAGGCCCGGGAGGACGGCUCGGAGGGAGAGGAGGACAACGACGGGGACGGGCGCAGGGACGGAGGGGAGACGGAGGAGGACGACCACCACAUGGAGUUCUGCAGGGUCUGCAAGGACGGCGGGGAGCUGCUCUGCUGCGACUCCUGCCCCUCGUCCUACCACAUCCACUGCCUCAACCCGCCCCUGCCCGAGAUCCCCAACGGAGAGUGGAUCUGCCCCCGCUGCACUUGUCCGCCCAUGAAGGGUAAAGUCCAGAAGAUUUUGACCUGGCGCUGGGGAGAUGCGCCACCCCCCACGCCCGUGCCCCGCCCCCCUGACCUCCCGGCAGAUGCUCCUGACCCGGCUCCUCUGGCCGGUCGCCCAGAGAGAGAGUUCUUUGUAAAGUGGAAUAACAUGUCCUACUGGCACUGCUCCUGGGUCUCUGAGCUACAGCUGGAGCUGCACUGCCAGGUGAUGUUCCGGAACUACCAGCGCAAGAACGACAUGGACGAGCCUCCGCCGGUGGACUUCAGCGGCGAGGUGGACGACGACAAGAGCGUGAAGAGGAAGAACAAGGACCCGCUCUUCGCCCACAUGGAGGAGCGCUUCUACCGCUUCGGCAUCAAGAUGGAGUGGAUGAUGAUCCACCGCAUCCUGAACCACAGCGUGGACAAGAAGAACAACAUUCACUAUCUGAUCAAGUGGAGAGAGCUGCCGUACGACCAAGCAGCCUGGGAGAGCGAGGACAUGGAAAUACCGGAGUACGACAUCUACAAGCAGCACUACUGGAACCACAGGGAGCUGAUGAUGGGUGAGGAAGGAAGGCCGGGGAAGAAGCUGAAGAAGGUGGCGAAGGUGCGGAAGCUGGACCGGCCUCCUGUUAACCCCGUGGUGGAUCCCACCAUCAAAUUCGACCGUCAGCCCGAGUACCUGGACUCCACGGGGGGCACGCUUCACCCCUAUCAGCUGGAGGGGCUCAACUGGCUGCGCUUUUCCUGGGCCCAGGGCACCGAUACCAUCCUGGCCGAUGAGAUGGGCCUGGGCAAGACUGUCCAGACCGCUGUCUUCCUGUACUCUCUUUACAAGGAGGGUCACUCCAAGGGCCCUUUCCUGGUGAGUGCCCCGCUGUCCACCAUCAUCAACUGGGAGCGCGAGUUCGAGAUGUGGGCGCCCGAUAUGUAUGUAGUGACCUACGUCGGUGACAAGGACAGCCGGGCGGUGAUCCGCGAAAAUGAGUUCUCCUUCGAGGACAACGCAAUCCGAGGCGGGAAGAAGGCCUCUAAGAUGAAGAAAGAGGCCUCUGUGAAGUUCCACGUGCUGCUGACCUCCUACGAGCUGAUCACCAUCGACAUGGCCAUCCUGGGCUCCAUCAACUGGGCCUGCCUGGUGGUGGACGAGGCCCACAGGCUCAAGAACAACCAGUCUAAGUUCUUCAGGGUGCUGAAUAACUACCCCCUCCAGCACAAGCUGCUGCUGACCGGGACUCCACUGCAGAACAACCUGGAAGAGCUCUUCCACCUGCUCAAUUUUCUCACGCCCGAGAGAUUCAACAACCUGGAGGGCUUCCUGGAGGAGUUUGCGGACAUCGCCAAAGAGGAUCAGAUCAAGAAGCUCCAUGACAUGCUGGGGCCGCACAUGCUCAGGAGGCUGAAGGCCGACGUCUUCAAGAACAUGCCCUCCAAGACGGAGCUGAUCGUCCGCGUGGAGCUCAGCCCCAUGCAGAAGAAAUACUACAAGUUCAUCCUGACCCGUAACUUUGAGGCCCUGAACACUCGAGGAGGCGGUAACCAGGUGUCUCUGCUCAACGUCGUUAUGGAUCUCAAGAAGUGCUGUAACCACCCCUACCUCUUCCCCGCGGCUGCAAUGGAAGCGCCUAAGAUGCCGAACGGUAUGUACGACGGCAGCGCUCUGACCAAGGCUGCCGGGAAGCUGCUGCUGCUGCAGAAGAUGCUGAAGAAGCUGAAGGAGGGGGGACACCGGGUGCUCAUCUUCUCCCAGAUGACCAAGAUGCUGGACCUGCUGGAAGACUUCCUGGAGAACGAGGGCUACAAGUACGAGAGGAUCGACGGGGGCGUGACCGGCACCAUGCGACAGGAGGCCAUCGACAGGUUUAACGCUCCUGGAGCCCUUCAGUUUGUGUUCCUACUGUCUACCAGGGCGGGAGGUCUGGGCAUCAACCUGGCGACUGCCGACACUGUAAUCAUAUACGACUCUGACUGGAACCCUCACAACGACAUCCAGGCGUUCAGCCGAGCUCACCGUAUUGGUCAGAACAAGAAGGUGAUGAUCUACCGCUUUGUAACCAAGGCCUCUGUGGAGGAGCGCAUUACUCAGGUAGCGAAGAAGAAGAUGAUGCUGACCCACUUGGUGGUGCGGCCCGGUCUGGGCUCCAAGACGGGUUCCAUGUCCAAACAGGAGCUGGACGACAUCCUCAAGUUCGGCACAGAGGAGCUGUUCAAGGAUGACAAUGGGGAAGGAGAAAACAAGGAGGAGGACAGCAGCGUCAUCCAUUACGACGACAAGGCCAUCGAUCGGCUGCUGGACCGGAACCAGGACGCCACGGAGGACACGGAGAUCCAGAGCAUGAACGAGUACCUGAGCUCCUUCAAAGUGGCCCAGUACGUGGUGAAGGACGAGGAUGAGGAGGAGGAGGAGGUGCAGCGGGAGAUCAUUAAGCAGGAGGAGAGUGUGGACCCAGAUUACUGGGAGAAGCUGCUCAGGCAUCAUUAUGAGCAGCAGCAGGAGGACCUGGCCCGUAACCUGGGCAAGGGCAAGCGCAUCCGCAAGCUGGUCAACUACAACGAUGGCUCACAGGAGGACCGAGGUAGUAGACGGGACUGGCAGGAUGAUCAGUCUGACAACCAAUCCGAUUACUCUGUGGCUUCGGAGGAGGGUGACGAGGACUUUGAUGAGCGGUCUGAGGUGAACUCUCGCAGGCCGAACAGGAAAGGGCUGAGAAAUGACAAAGACAAACCGCUGCCCCCCCUGCUGGCCAGAGUGGGAGGGAACAUUGAGGUGUUGGGCUUCAACGCACGGCAGAGGAAGGCCUUCCUGAACGCAGUGAUGCGUUAUGGGAUGCCGCCGCAGGACGCCUUCACCACACAGUGGCUCGUCCGGGAUCUGCGAGGGAAAUCCGAGAAAGAGUUCAAGGCGUACGUUUCGCUUUUCAUGCGGCACCUCUGCGAGCCCGGCGCAGACGGGGCCGAGACUUUCGCCGACGGCGUACCCCGCGAAGGGUUGUCACGGCAACACGUCCUCACACGCAUAGGCGUGAUGUCCCUGAUCCGGAAGAAGGUGCAGGAGUUUGAGCACGUGAAUGGUCAGUGGUCCAUGCCCUGGAUGAUGGAGCUGGAGGAGACCAAGAAGGCGGCGGCUUCUCGCCCCGACUCCCCCACAAACCCCAAGACCCCAUCCACCGGGACCCCUGCUGACACCCAGCCCAACACGCCCGCUCCAGCCCCCAAAACACCCUCCACUGGCACACCUGCAGACACGCAGCCCAACACACCCGCUGCAGAGGACCCCGCCAAGGCGGAAGAUGCCGCGAAGGAGAAAGAGGAGAGGAACAACGGAGAGGGGGAGAAGGAGGGCAAGGAAACCAACAAGGCGGAAGAGCCGGAGAUCAUUGAAAUCCCUGAUGAGAAAGACAAGCCUCCUUCUCCUGAGAAGAAACCCACCGAAGGGGCAGCCGCAGCUCCAGCUGUGGAGAAGGAUGGAGGGAGCGGUGAGGAAGAAAAGGAGAAGGAGAAAGAAGGAGAGAAGGAGGAGAAGCUGGCCGAGUCGGCGGAGGAGAAGAGCUCUCCUACCGAGGCCAAGCCUGAAGGGUCAGAGGUCAAGGCUAAACAGGACGACGCAGAGGCCAAAGCUGAAGAGAAGGAGGAGAAGCCAGAGAAAGCGGACAGCAGCCCUCCUGCGGAUGAAAAGAAAAGUUCAGAUCAAAAGGAGGACAAAGACGGGGGCAAGACGGAGGAGCCUGCCAAACUGCAGAACGGAGAGAGCACCAAAGAGGGGGCGACGGGCGGGGCCAGCGAGGAGAAGAAGAAAGCUGGGAAGCAGAGGUUCAUGUUCAACAUUGCAGACGGAGGGUUCACAGAGCUGCACUCGCUGUGGCAGAACGAGGAGAGAGCCGCCACCGUCACCAAGAAGACCUACGAGAUCUGGCACCGUCGCCAUGACUACUGGCUGCUGGCUGGCAUCAUACAACAUGGCUAUGCACGCUGGCAGGACAUCCAGAACGACGUGAAGUACGCCAUCCUGAACGAGCCCUUCAAAGGGGAGAUGAAUCGAGGCAAUUUCCUUGAAAUCAAGAACAAGUUCCUCGCCAGGAGAUUCAAGCUACUGGAGCAGGCCCUGGUGAUCGAGGAGCAGCUGAGGCGGGCAGCAUACCUCAAUAUGUCAGAAGACCCCUCCCACCCCUCCAUGGCACUCAACACACGCUUCAGCGAGGUGGAGUGCCUGGCCGAGUCCCACCAGCACCUCAGCAAGGAGUCCAUGUCCGGGAACAAGCCGGCCAACGCCGUCCUGCACAAAGUGCUCAAACAGCUGGAGGAGCUGCUCAGCGACAUGAAGGCGGACGUCACCCGUCUCCCGGCGACCAUCGCCCGGAUACCGCCUGUCGCUGUGCGGCUCCAGAUGUCCGAGAGGAACAUCCUGAGCCGCCUGGCCAGCAGGGGCUCGGAGGCGCAGACGCAGCAGGUGACUCAACAGUAGCCUGUCUCAGGCUGCCCCCCCUAUCCCCUCCAUCUCUACAUUCCUGAUUGGCUCUUGGAUGAUGACAUCACACCCAUGCUUCUUGAAGCCAUGCCCCUUUUUUUCCCCUAAAUAAGGACAUACAGCAAUUCUAUAGGCUGAUCCCUGGAGGCAAAGAUAGCAAAUUGAUUUUUCUUUUUGAUGUUUGUUUCUUUAUCUUUAAUA